GCGGUUUUGGCCCGUCAACGUCCGACAAGUACGCCUAUAUUCUCCGCAGAAUGGCGUCGUUGCAUAGCCUAUCACGGACAGAUGAAAAGUGCACAUGUUAACUCGAAUUUGAUUUCCGCCAACCACCUUCUCGCCAAAGGACACAUCACUCUCGGAGGACAUCUUCCGAAAACCGUCAAGGAUUCAUUAACUAUGCCAAACGCAAACUAACAUUAUCAGACAAGACCACGCCAGUAGCCGUUGUCCACAUCCAAGGAGCGUCCUCAACAAGGUGCCUGGAGACGACAGAAACAUGGCGGUUCAAGUGGCGCAGAUCGUAGCCCCCUUGCUCCUCCUCUUUGGCACAAUCUUUCUCGGUGUCCUCCCCAUUUGGCUGGUAAGGCGGGUGAGUGCCAUUCAGCGUGGUGCCCAAGUGUUAGCUUUCCUGGUGUGCCUGGGCGGCGGUGUCCUCUUCGCAACGACCUUCCUGCACCUCAUACCAGAGGUCCGAGAAGGAUUCGAGAAGCUGAACAAGGACUUUCCCGUUGCUGAGGGAGUCAUUUGUCUGGGGUUCCUGGCCGUGUACGCCUUGGAAGAACUCAUCCACGCCUGGUUGGGCGAUGACCACAGCGUGGCGGGUCAUGGUCUUGCGCACUCUCCGGCUCUCGUGGAGAGUCGCCAUGAGCGGGAAAACUCGAACCAGGGCGGCUUGCAGGAGCACCAGGGGAACAGAGAAACAACCCAGGAACCCGAAACAGAGACUUGCCCGACUACCACAGACGACGAGGCACCGCUACACGAGGCCACAACCGCCGGCAUCCUUAUCGUGGCUGCCCUGUCUUUCCACUCCCUGUUCGAAGGACUGUCCUUGGGACUCCAGGACAGCGAGCGAGCCACCUGGAUCAUGUUCCUCGCCAUCUCGUUCCACAAGUACGUCCUAGCCUUUGUCGUCGGGUUCGACAUCAGCGCCAGUCGGGUACGGCCCCGCAACGUCGUCAUCCAGAUGCUCGUCUUCUCCGUGAUGUCGCCUCUGGGAGCACUAGUGGGCGCCAUCACGAGGAACAACCUGGAGGACACGAUAGUCGUCGUUGUGCUCAACGGGAUAGCCUCAGGUACCCUCAUCUACAUCACGUUCUUCGAGGUGCUGCAACGCCAGAAGAACGACACGCUGUCCGGGCUGUGCCGGCUGCUGGCUGUCAUCGUAGGAUUUACACUAAUGCUUACCCUGAUCUUGGUUCUGCCACAUGAUUGAACUAUAAAGUUAAGCUGAACCAUGUUCAAAUUUAAUGUUUAGAAUUGUGACCACCAUGUUGUCGUGUGUGCUUGGGCCGAUUCAUGUCGUGGGGGCGUUGAAUAUCAGCCCUGACCAUGAUGGUCUUGAGAAUAAUGGUUAUGAUCAGUAGACAGUGACAUACCGUAGGCAUGUGUAUCACAAUUUGCGUUGCCGGACAGGGUUAUAUUUCAAUAGCAGUGUGUCAAAGCAGAGACGCCAAUGAUGGCGUUAUAGCAUCGCAGAGUUCAGAAUGCGGUUUAUGUACUAAUUUUGAUCUGAGAAAUAGGUAAUUAUUUGGAAAACGAUUCAGCUGCAAGUAUAAAAACGUUGCGGUUACUUGAUGAUGCCAGAACGUUCACAGCUACAUUGCACUCAUAGUCAGGGAUGGAAUUGUUGAAUUAAAACGUUAGGAGCGUGUUGGUGGAGA